CAACAAUACACACAUGUACAUUCGUAUGGAUGUACGCUUGUUUAUUGUUUUGUGAAUCAAUUCAGCAAUUUUGGUAAUGUCGGAUUAUGACAAUGUGCGCAUAAAGAAAUUGGUGCUUAAAGGAGAAAAACACAAAAAAAGUAAGAAGCGCAAGAAGGAGAAGGAGCGCAACGAAGAGGGCGAUGGAAAAAAGCAGAAGUUGCAGGUGGACGAGGAUGCUGUCGCACACGGCGGCUGGUGGACUGUUAAAUUAACAAGUGAAAUAACUGGAACAGUUGCCAUUGAGUUUGGUGAGCAUUCUUAUCUAAAGGCACUGGACAAUGGUCUCUUCACUGUUGGAGCGCCACAUGCGGCAGGUGAAAGCCCAGAUCCAGAGGAGAUCUUUACGGCAUUUCCCAUAAACGAUCGCAAAGUAUCUUUCAAGUCGGGCUACGGAAAAUACUUGAAAAUAGAAAAGGAUGGAAUGGUGACGGGACGUUCGGAGGCGGUGGGCAGCAUGGAACAGUGGGAGCCGGUGUUUGAGAAUGGGCAAAUGGCACUGCUUUCGGAGACCGGCCACUUUAUGUCCAUUGAUCCAGAAGAUGAUGCUUGUGUGGCUUUGCGGAAGAAGGUGGGAGAACAUGAAAUUUGUCGUGUGCGCAGCAAUGCCGCCAAUGAUGUCGUGGUGGACGAAGAGCCUAAAGAAGAGAAGGGUGAUUUGGCGGAAGUGGAGAAGAAUUAUGUCAAAAAGUUUCAAAAGUUCCAGGACAAAAAAAUGCGCAUCAAUCAAAACGAUGUUAAGGAAUUGGAGGAAGCUAAGGAAAAAGGGUUGCUGCAUGAGACGUUGCUCGAUAGACGAAGUAAAAUGAAAGCCGAUCGGUAUUGUAAAUAAAUACAGAAUACCCAUCAUGAGAGGUUAGGACAAGAAACAAUAACAUAAUUAAUUUUCAACAAUACGGCAAAACUUUUCUUUUGAAUUUAAUAAAAAGAUUAUUAAUUCUCUAUUUAGAAACUGACAAACUUGUAACUUGAAAUUAAAGCAGAAAACGAUUUUAAA